AUGUCUUCAACUUCCAAUGUUCCCAACGAGGCCGAUAUUACAACACUGGUAAUAAGCUUUCUUGUUAUCGUGCUCGCUACCAUCGUUGCAGCGCUACGGUUCUACGUCCGGAUUUUCACGAAAGCCGGAAUAGGGGCCGAUGAUUGGAUGAUUGCAGGUGCCAUUAUAUCGACAAUUGUCACUGCGGCGCUCCUCAUCUGGGCUAAUGUUAUCGAUCCGGGAGCCUCCAACACCACCGACCCGGAUUAUGAGUAUACCGAGAACGAUGUAAUCUCCGCCAAGAUAACUUUUACCAUCCUGGUUCUCUAUUACGCCCUCACUGGCGCCACCAAGUUAGGCAUUCUAUUGAUGUACUUCCGCAUUUUCUCCGUGUACACACGGGUUCGGUACCAGAUAUAUGGCCUGGAAUUCCUAGUCGUUGGGUGGUGGCUUGCAUGCACCAUUGCCUUACUGGCAGGCUGUACCCUCUUCACGGCAAGAUGGGGAAAGGGCGCCGUAGACCCAAACCGAUGUUUCAAUCUCAAUGUCUUCUGGGCUGCUUCUGGAGCGUGCGAGGUAUUUAUAGAUAUCCUAAUCCUCAAUAUACCCAUGAUAAUGGUAGCGAGGAUGAAUUUGCCUCUCAAGCAGAAGCUUUUGGUUACGGGGAUAUUUCUCUUGGGUGGAUUAUCUAUCGCGACCGGGUUAGUGAAAGUCGUUCUUGGGUACUCCCCAGGUACCCGAGAGAUUGAUUACACGACCAAGGUGUGGAGCGCAGUGCAUAGCGGUACAGCCAUCGUUUGCGCCAACUUACCACUUCUCAGACCCCUAUAUAAUAAAUUCGGGGAACAUCUAUCUCAGUGGCGAUAUAAGCACAGCCGUACUUCAUAUGAUAGUUGCAAUCCAUAUGAUAUGGAAAAUAUCAGAGAGCCCUCAAGCGGCACCAGCACAGAAAACCUGCAGUAUCCGAGCCCUUUAGCUUGGAGCAAGGAGAGAACGUGGUCAGAGUCUACCAGAUACGAAAGCGUAUAAGAAAGGUACAGCGGUAAUCGAAAGUAUCAUAUUCUUUCCAACAUGUACAUAUAA